AUGUCUCCCGUGCACGAGGAAGAAAAAUUGCUCGUGGUGUCCGAACGCCUCACGGAAGCGAUAAGAAUGAUAUUGAAAUCGAAAUCAGAAUUCGCAGAUUUGCUAGACUUGUUUGAAUCGGCUGGGGCAGAACUACCGUCGCCUUUUGUCGCCGCUCAACAGCUGAAGCUCAUGAUCGAUUACAUUUACGAGAACUACGGACUUGAGUACGACUCAGCAGACGCUUCAUUCCAGAGGUCCUGCGUUUCUGGGCCUUAUAUCAAGUACCUUUUUAAGCCCGGAGACGUGCUUGUGCAAGGCAUAGGUGCUGAUAGAAACGGAUAUAUGCUCAAGACUUGGCCGCGCUUGAAUUCGCUGGGUGAAGAAGGUCUCAAAGCAACUGGGAAGGACAAUCGUCAGUCAGAAUGGAGCUUGGAGGUUUCCUCCUGGUCAUUCAACGGUUCGUUCAAGCGCAUCAAUAGUCGGCUUACUUUAUCAGUCGAUGAUUCCGACAAGAUAGAGCAUGCCAUCAAAGAACUGAAUAUCAGACCAAUCAAAUACGCCAGUAGAGAGGAUGUUAAAACCCUGCAAAAGCGCGGUGAAAUGUUUUGGAAAUGUCGAGAGAGGCAUUUUGUAUCAUAUCAGGAGCGUGGCCGUGGGGAUCUUCACAGCGCAAGCUCCAGUGAGGAAAGAUUCAUGAUUGACCUGAAAACAUUCCGUGACUUGCACCCGGAAGAGGAGAAGAAUAAGUUUGACGAGAAUGUUUCUUUUUCGGAAUCUUUCGAUAAAAAUGCCAUGGCACAAGAACGUCCCCCCGACCCGAGUUUCUUGUACUUACUUCCUCAAAAGAUUAUCGGCUACAACAUGCGGCGCAGAAAAUGGGUUAAACUCAAUGCUGACUGGCUGUCUAAGGUAAUCUGGGAUAAGAAGGCGUUCCAAAAGUUGGUACUAGAACAGAAGACAAAGGACUUGAUUGAAGCUUUGAUUGUCAGUCAGAUUUCAGCAGAAAAGUCCACGGAUCUCAUCAGCGGGAAGGGAAAUGGCCUCAUAUUGCUACUGCACGGAGGGCCAGGUACGGGCAAGAACUUGACUGCGGAGAGCGUUGCUGAGAUUGCCGAGAAGCCACUAUAUAGAGUCACUUGUGGGGAUAUUGGAUUAGAACCGGAAGAAGUAGAGCAAUAUCUCAACUCCGUGCUGGGCUUGGGGAAAAUCUGGAGCUACGUCGUCCUGCUCGAUGAGACUAACGUCUUCCUGGAGGAGCGAAGCAUGAGUGAUGUUAAGCGAAAUGCACUUGUAUCAGUUUUUUUUUGCGUGUACUGGAAUACCACGAUGGAAUCAUAA